AUGCUGAGCCAGGUGGAGCAGGAAAUCCGGCGUAAAGUGGAGCGUGAGAGAAACAUUAUUCUUGGCGCAACGCAGCUGAAGAAGAAGACGGAAAAUGUUAUGGUGAUACAGAAAUGUAACACUAAUAUCAGGGAAGCGCAACAGAACAUCCAGUACCUGGAAGAAACGCUCCGAAAAUUGAAACUCAGCGAUGGUGGGGACUCUCAAAGUGCAGCACAGAAGCGUGCAAGUCACGGGUACGGCCAACUAUCAACCAUUGCGCCAGACGACCACAUUUUUUCCCGUCUAGACUUGAUGAAAUAUGACUGUCCGUCCCUUUCUCAGCGUAUCCAGUACAUGUUGCAGCAGUUGGAAUUCAAACUCCAAGUGGAACAGCAAUAUGAAGAAGCAAACGAGAAACUGACCAAGUUGUAUCAAAUUGAUGGCGAUCGUCGCAGCAGCUCCGCAGCGCAGGGUGGUUCAAGGGAAUCCAAGCUAAGGAUUCAACUUUUAAAGAAGACUCUUAAGAAGUAUCAAGCCAUCAAUGUGGAUAUAGAUCAGUUCAAAGGUCAUUCUGAUAACUCUAAUGCGACACAGCCCAAGUUCAGGCGCCAGCAGCUCUCAGGAACACUUACCAUUGGGGUGAGUGCCAUACGCGACGUGGAUCAUGUUCAGUCUCCCAUGUUUUCACGAAGCCCCGAGACGUUUAUCACUAUCAAGAUAGAUGACACGGUUCAGGCGAAGUCUAGGGCUUCGAGGACUGACAGAUGGCAAGAAGAGUUUCACAUUAAUGCUAGUAACGGAAAUGAAGUCGAAAUCACCGUUUAUGACAAGAUCAACGAACAGGUUGUUCCUGUUGCCCAAAUGUGGUUGUUGUUGUCGGAUAUAGCCGAAGAGAUCCGUAAAAAGAAAGCUGGUCAGACUGGUCAGAUCGAAUGGAAAGGAGCUGCUAGAGUCACCAGUCCACCCGAAAUGAACGAUUCCACGGGUCGUGCAAUUGACUCAGCCGCUGGUACAUAUGGUGCGUCGGCUCCGGAUAAUACUGCAUCGCCACCGCUCACAACAAGUUUGUGGUUUGUGCUCGAACCUGCGGGCCAGAUACUGCUAAACCUUGGAUUUAGUAAGUCGAGCCAACCGGCCAACAAGAAUUUGAUGGGAGGCCUCCAUCGUCAUGGUGCCAUCAUCAAUAGGAAAGAGGAAGUUUAUGAGCAACAGGGGCACCAUUUUGUUCAAAAAUCCUUUUACAACAUUAUGUGCUGCGCCUAUUGCGGCGACUUUUUGCGAUACUCCGGCUUCCAAUGUCAAGACUGUAAGUUUCUCUGUCACAAGAAAUGCUACCAGCACGUAGUGACAAAAUGCAUCGCGAAGGCAAGCACCGAAUCAGAUCCGGAGGAGCCUAAGCUCAACCAUUGCAUUCCUCAUAGAUUCGAACCGGUGUCCAAUAGAGGUACGAAAUGGUGUUGUCAUUGCGGCUACAUCCUUCCCUGGGGAAAGAAGAACUUACGGAAAUGUACUGAGUGUGGCAUUAUGUGUCACACUCAAUGUGCCCAUCUCGUACCCGAUUUUUGUGGAAUGUCUAUGGAUAUGGCAAAUCAAAUCCUGACGGCUAUUCAGGAUACUAAGAGGAACCAGAAAGUGAAACAGAAAUUGCAGCCUAAGCCACCAGUCAAAGUUAUUGGUGAAAAUCAGCAUACAGCUCAGAUCAGCCCCAAAAGAUCUAAUAGGUUUUCGGACCGCAGUUUCGAAUCCAAGCAGCUACCACAUUCUCCAACGCAUUCCAAUUUUGCCGAUGUGAUCAAUGGAAGUCAAGAUCACAAGCAGAACAAAGAAGAUACUAAUGGAUCGGAGCAUGUUGCUCCCUCGCAAAAGCCUGAGACAAGGCGUAUAGCCCCCGAAGAAGAGAGAAAUGAUAUCUUGAAUGACAGGCUGAACAACUUCAUUGAGGAAAACACAAACUACAAUGCCUUCACUAAUCCGACCAAUUACGCUCAGCAAUACGAGCCUGAUGAUGGAAGUCGUACUUUGGAUCCCUCGUAUUCACACCCAUACGGUAUGGAUUUAAUCAAGCCAAGUGCUGCUGAGGACGGAGCUGAGCAACAUUGGGACGAGCAACAGCACACGGACGAGACUUUGCCCAUGAAGGUCCAUGAGGAAGUGUACGAGAAUUCAGCAGAAUUGCAAGGUGCGGACAUCGUUGAUUUGAAUACAAAGGCACCUCAUUACGAAGCAAUCAUAAGUUCGAGGAACAAUUUUGAUGGCACGACACCAGAUUGGGACACCAAGACGCAUGCGUAUGAUAUUCGUAAAACUGGAGUUCUGGAUGGCACACCAGAACUGACACCUGAUCAUAAGGACGAAGCAGUAAGUGACGCUGUAUCCCUUGUAGGCCAACAGAUCAAUGGUGUAGCCGGCACAUCCCGUUCUCCACAACGCUCUCAUACGAGCGGUAAACAUCGGAAGAAGGCCCCUAAACGUCGGAAAAUUUCAUUGGAUGACUUCAUUCUGCUCAAAGUACUUGGUAAGGGAAAUUUUGGUAAAGUUCUUUUAGCCAAAUCCAAAAACAACGAGAGGUUAUGUGCUAUCAAGGUUCUAAAGAAGGAUCACAUUAUAAAGAAUCAUGACAUUGAGAGUGCAAGAGCGGAGAAGAAAGUGUUCCUUUUGGCUACUAAGGGCAAGCACCCAUUCUUGACCAAUCUUUUCUGCUCCUUUCAAACAGAAAACCGUAUUUAUUUCGCUAUGGAGUUCAUUGGCGGUGGUGAUCUGAUGUGGCACGUUCAAAACCAGAGAUUGUCUGUCAGAAGAGCCAAAUUCUAUGCUGCUGAGGUUUUACUUGCCCUCAAGUAUUUUCAUGACAAUGGUGUUAUUUACCGUGAUUUGAAGCUCGAGAACAUCUUGUUGACUCCAGAAGGUCACAUUAAGAUUGCAGAUUAUGGGCUUUGCAAAGACGAAAUGUGGUAUGGCAACAAAACAUCAACAUUUUGCGGGACACCCGAGUUCAUGGCUCCCGAGAUUUUGAAAGAACAGGAGUACACAAAGGCUGUGGACUGGUGGGCUUUUGGAGUUCUAUUGUAUCAAAUGCUGCUUUGCCAGUCGCCAUUCUCAGGUGACGAUGAAGACGAGGUUUUCAAUGCUAUUCUCACCGACGAACCUCUUUAUCCAAUUGAUAUGGCUGGAGAUAUAGUUCAGAUUUUCCAAGGUCUUUUGAUAAAAGAUCCAGAGCGCCGUCUUGGUGCAGGUCCUCGGGAUGCAGCCGAGGUCAUGGCCGAGCCUUUCUUCAAGAACAUCAAUUUCGAUGACAUCCUGCAGCAGAGAGUCCAGCCUCCCUACAUCCCCGAAAUUAAAGCCGCAGACGAUACAUCGUAUUUUGAAAAGGAGUUUACGUCCGCUCCUCCUACUUUGACGCCUCUACCGUCCGUUUUGAGCUCGAACCUGCAAGAAGAGUUUCGUGGGUUUUCAUUCAUGCCAGAGGACCUACUACUAUGA